AUGAAACAAUCCAGUUGUGAUUCAGCCAGCUCAGAGCUCCCUAAGCCUGAAAAAGAGGCCCAGCCAGAUGUCGAGCCACACUCAAACACCCCGCUACAGGAGGCGGAGGCCAAGUUCAGAUCCGGAUGGGGGCUUGAGGCUGAGACUGAGCCCCUGGGGGCUGAAUCAGGGCCUGAGGCCAAGGCCAAGUCCUUGGGGGCCAACCCCAGGUCUGGAUCGGGGCCUGAGGCCACGGCCCAGCCAUUGGACUUCGUGGUGGCAGCAGAACAGGACGGCACCGUGGUGCUGGCCAAGCGAAACAGGAGUGAGGAGAGCCGGGGCCCAGGUGAAAAGGGGGUGAAGCUACGUUUGGGUGAGUGGACCUUAAGAAAGAGAGGAGGCGAGCCUCUCCCCCAGCCCCAGUCCGGAUGCCGAGGAGCCAGUUGGCCUUGGAACCAAAGAGUAGGAUGUGCGGAUCCAGGGGCCCAGCCAAUGAGGGUGGGAUGGAGAGCGUGUACAACACGGGUAGCAGAGGAACCCGAGGGAGGGGCUGGGGAUAGCUUCGGUGUUACGGGGUCCGGGGCGGAGCUAAGAAGAAGCGGGGCGUGGCAAGGCCCGGGGCGGGAGGGCGUAGCCAGCUCCUGGGGUGGAUCCAAGGGAAGGGGGCGUGGCCAGUGCUCAGGCACAGGGGUGCACGCGGAGCUGGAGCAUCUCAAGAGGUGGACGAGAGCCCGGCGAAUGAGCUCCCUCUCUGCCGGCUCUGGAAUUCGAGACCCAAGUGCUGAGGAGAUCUGGGGCAGGCCCGGGCCUGGCCUGGCGCCCGGGGUGGUGACGACAGAGUGCUCAGCGUGUGGGAAGAGGCGAGCCCUGCGAGCCGAGAGUCCCGGCAGGGGCGGAGGGCCCCCUAACGGCCUGGGUCCGCAGAUCGCGCUGGAGUCGGCGCACGUGAUCGACUCCGGGGAGACAGCGCUGGUGGAGGGGCUGUGCGUGGCUCCCCGGGAGCGCGGCAAGGGCGUGGCCGGGCUGCUGCGGCGCUUCUGCCCGCAGCUGGUCAAGACACAGAACGCGGGGGUCAAGGUGGCACGGCUCACCCGGGACGACCAAGUGGGCCCCCGGGAGCUCAAGAAACACGGCCUAAUUACCAAGCAGGUGAGGAGGACAAGGGAGCUCGGCAUCCUUUGGGUCUGAGUCAAUGCCUCCGUGCUACUGGCGCGGCUGGGCGUGCAGCUGGCGGCGCUGCGGGCCUCGGUCACCUCGCCGCUGCGGGCCUCGGUCACCUCGCCGCUGCCCACCGAGACCGUGUCAGAGACUGGCGGCGACGUGGCCCGCCUCCUACUGUUGCCUUCCGUGCAGCGCGACGUCACCCAGGACUGGCAGCCCUACCGGCCACGUGAGAGCAACCUGCGCCUGCUGGCGGCCAAGGACCUGGAGUGGCGCGUAGACGGCUCCGCGCGCCCGCGCUUACCCACGCUGUGCACGCGCCCCUUCCCCAUCCCGCACGGCGGUGACGGCACGUGGCGCUACCUCAACGUCGACGCCGUGCGCAGCGCUGGUGCGCAGGCGCAGAGCCGGCUUCUGCGGCACCUGCAGGGUCGGGCCCCGCGCCUCGCCGGUCUCAACGCCAUGCGCCAGCUUUUCCUGGCGUCCCAGUUAUGGUCGCAGCUGGCUGACCUCUGCCAGGCCGGCUUGGGGCUCGAGCUGGUCAAGGGUUACACAGAACAGUACCCGCUGGAGGCCGACAUCUAGGGCCUCUCCUCUCGGAGGCGAGAGGAGCAUUUAGAUCCGUCCAUUUUCGCUGAUCUUCAGAAAGCCCCGCCCCCCAAUGUUUGCAAGCUCCGCCCCCUCCCCCUACUCUCCGUGGUCUGCUGGGAAGCCCGCUUACCCUUACCGGAGCGCCCCCCCCCCCAACCUUUUAGCCUUGCCUCUCUGCCAUCUCGCCUCUAGCGCGCCCACUCUAUGGCCCACAACUGGAUCCGAUCGCCGGGUUUGGGGGAGGCCCUUGCUCUGCUAUGGCCCGCCCGUUCCCCUCACGGGCCAAAGAAUGGGUUCCUUCACAGGCUUCAGAGCCUUUCCUUGUCCGUCGCCCUGGGCUGGCGGGGAACUCCAUCCUUCCUGGCUUCUCCCUUCUGCCUCCUCGUGGGCGGAAGCGGGUAGAGGGAUGUGCAAGGUCCAGCUGCCCAACAUGUAUUACUUUUCUUCCUCCCGCCCUUUCUCAAGCUCUCAGAGCUUGCCCCGCGCUCCCCUCCUGCCUCCCUCUCAGUCUCCUGCGCCUCUACAUCAGUGUCCCCUCUCUCCUUCUCUCUGAGCUCCCAUCCUCCUAUUCCCCGGACCCCCCCCCCCAGACACUUAGCUCCUCAUUGCCCAUUUGUCUGCUCCUCCCUUCCUCUUCCCCAUGAACUCUUCAUCACCCGCCCUGUGUGCAAUACGGAGAGAAAGCCUAUAAAUGAAACAAUCAUAAUGCCCUGUUGACCCUCUGGUGACGCAUCUUUACAAGCCUGCCCCCUCUGAUGGGGUUCGUCCAACUUUGCAAGAUGUUGCUAUUUCCCAGCCCCCCUUCCUAUAUCCCCAACCAGUGCCUUAACCAGGACAUGAAACAGGGGGCUUGAGCUGGGAAGGGCAGUUUCCUCAGCCCAGUAUGGGGCUGUCUUCUGGCUCUAACCAGGCUUCCUUCUAGUGCAACUGGAACCCCUGCCUCCAGAUAUUUCUGGACAUCCCUCCCUUCCUCUGGUUCCUUUAUGGGGUUUUUUUUUUGGACUUUGCCAGUUUUCUAUUUCAAUGCAAGUAGUAACAGCUGCAAUUGCACAGCGCUGUCUUCUACACUGGAUCCUCACAUCUACCACCGAGGGAGGAAACAGGCUCAGAAAGAUCGAAGUGACUUCCAAGUCAUUCAGAGUAGCUGGGAGCCUGGCAGGGACUGGAGUUCAGGUCUGUCCCAAGCCAGAGCAUGCCUCAGAACCUCACUCGUUGUGGCGAUGACUGUUUGAACUUCUUGUUGGACGAUGGACAGUUGCUAGGGAUUUGUUGACAGUAAGCACAGGGGUCGCUGGGGAUGGAAUCAAAGACGUGGGCAGAGGAGGGCGCCAGGAGGUGGAAGAAGGUGGGCACAGAGGACAGUCGCUGCUCCAUCACUUCCCCCAGUUCCGGUUUUGCUGUUGUGCUACACUGCCUUGCUUGUCUGCCUUCAGCGCCUGGCCAUGCUGCCACCCUCCCUGUCACUUCAGCCGUGGCUGUAUUACAAUAAAAAGGACCCUUA